AUAAUAGUCGUCCUCGCUGGUCUCAUAGGGACGUUUUCAGCAUGGGCAUACUCCGCUCCUGCUUAUUUUGCGAAAAGUGGGAAUAGACAUAUGGUCAUGGAUCAUGUUUUCAAUGGGACCUUCAAUGCGAGGUCGAAGUACAUUGAUUGGGUCAAGGAGGCUCAAGACGGAACCUUCUCUCAUCAAGAUGAACAUGGCAACAUCGUACUAUCCACAGUCGACUCUAUGAACAUUUCCUCCGUCCUAGUCAACGCUUCUCUGGUUCUUGAUUCAACCGGUCAUCGAUUGUAUUGGAACUCAUUUUCCCUCUCUGCCGAUAUGCAAUACGUCCUUCUCCGUACAGAUUACGUCAAACAAUGGAGAUAUUCCUCUCAUGCGAAUUACUGGAUUCAUCGUUUAUCCGAUUCAUCCUCCUUCCCUCUUCUUACUCCUACCGACCCUCCAACCACCGCAUAUGCCAAAUGGAGUCCAGUAUCACAUUCCAUCGCAUAUGUGAGCAACAACGACCUAUACGUCAUUCGAGCCAAUGAAUUGGGACCGGGUAUGAAAUCGAUCAGAGUGACGGAUGAUGGUUCAGCCAGUGUUUUCAACGGUGUACCUGAUUGGGUGUAUGAAGAGGAGGUUUUGAGUGGUGAUUAUGCUCUGUGGUGGAGUCCCGACGCCCAGAGCAUUGCGUAUCUCAGGAGUGACGAAUCGGCCGUGCAUGAUUAUACGAUACAAUAUUAUAAUCCCACCAACGACGCUUUCACCGUACAUCAGUAUCUGUCUGAAAUGGAUAUGAAAUAUCCAAAGCCCGGUACACCAAACCCCUUAGUGACUGUUCAUACAUUUUCAUUGGCCACCUAUCAAACCACCAACUCGGUAGAACAAGCCAAAAAAAUGUUACACUGGAAAGGAGAAAUGCCAGUGGAAUCUCGUAUCAUCUCUGAAGUCGCUUGGGUAGCACAAGACGCUUUACUCGUAAAGGAGAUCGACCGAGCUGCUCGAGUGGGCAAUGUGGUCUUGUUUCAAUAUGGAGAAACGGACGGUAAAGUCGUUCGAACACUCGGUGCCAACGGUGAAGAAGGUGAAGGAGGUUGGAUAGAUCAUGAUCAGAAUGUCAUACCCGUCGCCAAUGGUCAAUCGGGGUAUUUGGACAUCGUACCGAAAGACGGCUACAAUCAUAUCGCUCUUUUUUCUCCUCUCCAAUCUGGUGAACCUAUUUGGUUGACAGAAGGCGAAUGGGAAGUGACUUCCAUUGCGGGAUUUGACCCUCUGAACAACCUAGUAUAUUUUGUGGCUGCGAACCCCUCAAUAGAUCGACAUCUUCAUUCGGCCGUUUUGCCUACAUCGGGGUAUGGCGACUUCAACCCGCAGAUUGUGGCACUGACCGAUACAUCCCAACCGGGGUAUUACGACGUGCUCUUCUCCCCUGGGGCGAGAUACUAUCUAUUAUCAUAUAAAGGUCCCGAAGUGCCAUGGCAGAGAUUGAUGGAGACCGGCGAAGAGGGAGUGAAUGUACUGAUGGAGGGUAAUGCCGAGUUGAAUGUCACUCUAGCCGAAUUCAUGCGACCUAUAGUGACGCGUACCACGAUCGAAAGUGAUGGUUAUGAGUUAAACAUGCAAAUUAUGACCCCACCCAACUUUGAUACCUCCGGUCGAAAGAAAUAUCCCGUUCUCAUACGAGUAUACGGAGGUCCAGGAUCUCAAAUGGUCAAUAACAUGUGGGGAAGAGAUUGGCAUACAUACCUCGCGUGCGAAAAGAAAUACAUCAUCGUUUUGGUUGACGGACGUGGGACAGGGUUCAAAGGUCGUAAGCUGAGGAAUCCCGUGACGGAUGAUUUGGGACGUUGGGAGGUUGUGGACCAAGUGGCGGGUGCUAGGGAGAUGGCUAAGAGGGUUUAUGUGGACCGGACGCGGAUAGGAAUAUGGGGAUGGAGUUAUGGAGGAUAUAUGACUUGCAAAACUGUCGAAGCCGAUUCGGGAAUUUUCACAUUAGGUAUGGCCGUGGCACCUGUGACAGAUUGGAUGUACUACGAUUCAAUCUACACAGAACGAUACAUGUCUACACCGGAACAAAACCCAGAAGGAUAUCAUUCAUCUGCUGUAAAUAAUAUGACGGCAUUUGGAAAAGUAGAUUUUUUACUGGCUCAUGGAAGUGGAGAUGAUAACGUUCAUUUUAUGAACAGUGCUACUUUGUUGGAUAAACUUACACAAUCGGGUAUAAAUGGAUGGAGGUUUAGAAUGUUUACUGAUUCUAAUCAUUCAAUGGAUAAACGCAAUGGUUAUCGACAAGUGUUUGAAUGGAUGAACGUUUUCUUAGAAGAGAAAUGGGGAAAGGGUGGGACUGUACAUCAUUAAUCUCGAUGACUUUAUCACCUAUGGUUUGUCUCACAAAUCCAAUCAAUUAUCAUUUACACGAAGAGGAACAUUAGCAUGAGAUGUCGAAAAGUGGGAACAAAGAUGCAUCUGUUGUUAUUUCUAG